GAGAAAUAGAGGAGAAAGGGCUGGAUGGGAGAGAGAGACAGAGGGAGGGAUACAGACAACUAAUAAAGAAACGCACCGAGAGCAGCAGAGGUAGAGAACGGCUACAGCUAAGAUAAGGGUCUGGAUAUAAAUGCUCCAUCCACGGCUUGGGGAAUAAUAACUGCAGGAAGAGACAAGGAUAGAGGAUAUAGCGAGGAUAUAAAGAAAGGGGGACGCAGAGGGAAGAUGGAUGUACAAACGGAGAACAUGGAUCCUCCGCCUGGUGAAUCACAGUCAAGUGGAAAAAUCAGAAAAGGAUUCAAGUUGUUUGGCAAACGCAAGACAGGUAACAUCUUUUCUAUUCGAAGCAAAGGGAGUGGAAACAACAAGUCACCUGUUAUAAGGAGCAAAACCCUUGAAGAAUUAUCAGGGACUCCAGAUUCAGCGCAGGAAUGGGACAUGGAGAAGGGACAUGAGGUGAGUCAAGGAGAGACAGAACAGGCAGAGGAGGAGCCAGUGGGUGAAGAUGGCGUUCUGGCUGCUGCCCAUGCUCGCGCCUCCAUUUCUUCAGCCAGCUCGGCCAAGUCCCUUACCUUCCUGUCACUACUGAGGGGUGGUCGCAGAGGAGUGGGGGACCGCAGAGUUCACACUGUGUCCCAGCCCAUGAGCAGGCAACGACGUGGGCUGAAGGGUCUCUUUAGCAAUGUUAAGUUCCUAUCAAAAGAUAAAGAGGACAAGGGGGAAGCCCCUCCGAGCCCACUUCUCAUGUCAUCCCGUGCCAACAGUGUGGAGAUCAUCAAAGAGGACCUUACCCUCACACCCAAAUCUCACCCUCGCUCUCUGGAGAGCCCUGAGACAGAAAGCUGUGAGCCGGACAGGAGCUCAACAACUCAGGACAGUACAGCUACAACCCCGAUGGAAACCACAUCUCCAAAGGUGACAACAGGCAGCGUGAGUAGAACUAAUGAGCAUGUACCACCUUUGCCCACCUCAGAACCACCACUGAUACCCGGUGAAUCCAGCCUGAGCUCCUUGCUGGCAGACAUCUCCUCUCUCCUGACCUUUGACUCCAUCUCAGGAGGUGGAGAUAUCAUGGCUGAUGUGGAGGCAGAAUGGGGAAAAGCCAGCAGUGCUAUCAGUGCUGUGGUAACCCAAGUCACAGCAUCAUCUACAUCUCUUUUCUCCAAACCCACCAUCUCCUCUCCCCUGACUUCUACAGCUGUCUGCACUGCUGAAACAUCAAAACCUUCUCCUGUAGCCACCUCCACAACAACUUUGCCCCAAUCCUUGAAUCCUCUGACAAAGACAACUUCAACCUCUUGCUCCAUUUCCAAGCCAAGCACUAUCAUCACUACUUUGACCAAAUCCUCCACUUUGACUACCCACUCAGUCAGAAUGACGUCAGACUCCAGUCCAGCUCCUGAGCCUUUUAUCAGCAUUAAAAUAAAAUCAACUCCUGACCCCACUGGAAUGAAACCUUCAAUGACUCCUGUAACAUUAACAAGCUUUUCAGCACCUAUAAUGUCUCCUCCCUUGACAACAAUUAAAUCCACAGUAACCCCCAGCUUUACAACUACCACAGCUCCUCCAAACACCCCGGCCACUAUAGUCAAAGCUCCCUCAGUUAGUCCAAAUCUUACCUCUACAGCUAGCAAACUGGCUUCAGAGAUUUCUGCACUUCCUCAAACUAUUUCUGCUGAAAGUAAACCUGGUGCAGUAGCUUCUUCACCUCCACCAUCAGUGAAAACUCCAUCAGUAACCCAUAGUCCCCCCAUCCCUGUUGCCAUUACUCAGCCUUCACCUGCUAAAUUUGAUUCAGCCACCAGUUUGAACGGGCAAACGUCCAUUUCCUGCAAAUCCUUUCUGAGCUCGGCUACAGGAGAACCUAAAGUCCCUGUGACUGUAUCACCACCCUGUACAGUGACAAAACUGUCUCCUGCACCCGUUAUUCCCUCCACAUCAACUACAACUUCAGGCUUAAUUUCAGCAGUGGUUAGCCAGGCUGUACUAACCACUGCUCCAAUGGACCUAAAUAGAGCCCCUCCCUCACUUGUAACUGUUCCAGAUAUUUGUCUUCCUGCUUCCCUGACUGGCACAACUAAAACACAACCCACCCCAGCAUCGGUCCCAUCUCCAUCUUUAACUUCUUUAGAUAUGUUUCCUCCCACACCUAAACCCACUGCACCACUCUCUUCAGAUAAGAUUCCCCCAACUCCCAGACCAAGUCCAGUCCCUGUUGUUUCUAUGGCAUCCCCAACACUUACUGCUGUGGGUCAGACCCUAGUCUCUCAAUCUAAAGCCCCUCCUGCUCAAACGCUAAUUUCUGUAUCUACAAAUCUGCCGGCUCCAGUUCAAAUGCAAAUUUCUCAAUCUAAAGUCCCUACUAUUGCUGACGAGACCCCAGAUUUGGUAUCUAAAGCCCCUGAUGCCCCUUAUCAGAUGCCUGUUUCUGUAUCUAAAGCUCCUCUUGCUCCCGCUCACAUCCCAGUUCCUGUAUCUAAAACCCCUCCUGCUUUUGCUCAUAUUCCAGUUUCUGUAUCUAAACCUUCUGCUCCUGCUCACAUUCCAGUUUCUGCAUCUACAGACCCUCCUGCCUCUGAUCAUAUUCCUACUUAUGUUUCUAAAGACGUCCCUGCACCUAAAACUGGCCCUUGCCCCGUCACCUCUCAUUCUUCUGUACCUGCACCUUGCCUAAGUGAUACUCCAGCCACUGCCAAGAUGAAGGGAAGUGGACUGACAACAGUGGACUGGCAACAAGCUAAUCCAAAUAACACAAGUGGGCAAGCAGUCCAAGCAGAGCCAUCCAAAACAGAACUACCAGAGUCACAAACGAGCCUCCAGGGACAUUCCAGAGAAAAGAGGACACCACAAGUAAAGGCAUCAGGACUUAGCAAAAUACCUGUAGUAGGAGGAAGCAGAGUGGGCAAGCUACCUGUGCGGGACAGCCAGCACACUGAUGAUGAGGUGAUAAGCAGGGACCCACCUACUCCUGUAGAAGAGAGAGCCCAUUUCAACUCACAUGAUGUUGGGAGCAAAGAUAAAAUCUGUGCUGUUGAGGCAAAUGCACCCACCUCAAAACACACCCAGGAGGAAAGUCAGCAGCUUCAACAGCCGAGAGUCCUUUCCAGUUUACCGCGUGACUCAAAGAUCCCUGUGAAGCAUGGCGCACAGUCUCAUCCUGCCUCCCAAAUCCCUCAGAUUAAAGAACCCCCUCGCACCAAGAUACCCGUCUCCAAGGUUCCUGUCCGCAGGGUUGGUAAACCUCCAGCUACAGGUGGCAGCAUUCACAUAAGAAAAUAAAAUAAUGGACUGAAUUAGUUAUGAAUACAGAUAAAGGCUCUGACUGCAACGUCUUCUUCCAAUUUCAUUGUUUUUAAAUUCAAAUUUUUUGACUUGUGUCAUCUCUUGGCUUCACUAAACCAUAAGCAACAAUAACAGAGUCAAGGAGGCUGACAGCACUCAAGCACAAAACAUCUCCACAGGGAGUCAAGGUAACUGGCUUGGCCCUUUGGUGCUGAGCCAACUGGACAUGUACUCAGGAAAGGUUGAGGGUCACACUUGAACACACAGCUGCAUCAGUGACUGAGGAUAAGCGAGGAAAAAAAAAUGGUCGCCUGGGAAAACAGUCACAUAUACACAACAUGGGCUAGUGCCUUUCUAAGGGUGCUUUUCCUACCAGCUGUCAAAAUGUAUUCAGUCUUUUCUACAGUACUUUUAACUUUUGUUACUCCCACUUUUUGUAAGAACUCUUUUUGUCUUUCUUUCCAGCAAGUCUCUUUGAUAACAACCGGUCCCUUUACUUUUUAUUUAUGCCAGGAGACGAUCCGCAGGAGCUCUAUAAAUAAAUGCCACGACCAAAUUUACAUACCACACCUAUCUCUGGAUGUAUGUAGCAGAAAACGUGCCAAUAAGUUUGCACAAGAUGUUGAACUGUACAGCGCCUGAGUUUCCACCUGCUCAUAUGUAACAAUAUCAGAUCUCACUGUGAACUAUGGGAGGGUCUGUGUAUUUUGAAGGCGGAUGGAAAUAACAACAUGGACAGUGGACAGUGAACAGUGGACAACAGCCAUUAUGAAUGGCAUUGUGGACUUUUGAGCGGGACAGAGAGGAUGGUGAGAUGAGAUCUCCAGCUUGUACACCGGCACAUCUUUAUCCAUAUCCCAGUUAUAACUCAGAUGAUAACAUUAUCUUUGUGUAGAGAUUUGUCUAUGUUUUUCUGUUUCGUAUUUAAUCAAUAAAACAAUAUGACUACUUAGCAAAA